UUGAACCUCGCCUCUUUUAAUUUUCUUUAUCUAUAUUAUAUUAAAUAUGGCUGGUGAAAAUUUCUUUGAAACAACGCCGGUGCUGUUGUUCACCGUAUACUGAUUUGUUUUUCGGUUAUUUGACUCGGUAAUGAAGGGUUUUCAUGGGAAGGGGGAAAGAUCUGAAAUCAACAUGCUCUCCUGAACCUGCAGCUGAUGCCAUAGAUAGAACUCAUCGAUCUGUUUACCCAGAGUUAGGGUCCAAAAAUCACAUAUCCUCCAAAGCCUCCUCAUGGUCAGGCUUCUUUUCAUCCAAUUUCUCAAUUUUUGAACAUCACAAAGACUCCUCUGUCACUGAAAAGAAGGUAUUUCAUCCUCGACACAAUGUUUGGGCAACUGUAAGGAAAGUUAUGACAAGUGGCUCUAUGAGGAGAAUUCAGGAGCGCCUACUGGGUUCUCGCAGAAGUGGUGUCUAUAGCUCCGGUGGUGAUAUAUGGCUUCUUGGUGUGUGUCAUAAAAUUUCUCAAGAUCACCCUCCUGAUGAUGCAGCAUCUAGCCCUGGUGUAGCAGGAUAUGAGCAAGAUUUUUCAUCUAGAAUUCUGAUGACCUAUCGUAAAGGUUUUCAUGUUAUUCAAGACUCGAAAUACACCAGUGAUGUUAAUUGGGGCUGCAUGCUAAGAAGCAGCCAAAUGCUUGUUGCUCAGGCAUUGCUUUUUCAUAGAUUAGGAAGAUCUUGGAGAAAGCCUUCACAGAAGCCAUUGGAUAAAGAAUAUGUUGAAAUUUUGCACCUUUUUGGUGACUCGGAGACCUCGGCAUUUUCUAUUCAUAAUCUUCUUCAAGCAGGAAGGGCCUAUGACCUUGCUGCUGGGUCAUGGGUGGGACCAUAUGCCAUGUGUAGGUCAUGGGAAACUCUAGUCCGCUCAAAGAGGGAGACCCCUAUUCUCCAAGACCAGCAACUUCCGAUGGCCAUUUACAUUGUUUCUGGAGACGAAGAUGGAGAGAGAGGUGGUGCUCCAGUUUUAUACAUUGAUGAUGCCUCAAGACAUUGUUUUGAAUUUUCAAAAGGCCAACAUGAUUGGAGCCCCAUUCUCUUAUUAGUUCCUUUGGUUCUUGGACUUGAAAAAAUCAACCCAAGGUACAUCCCAUCAUUGCGAACAACAUUUACCUUUCCCCAAAGCCUGGGGAUCUUGGGAGGGAAGCCUGGUGCUUCAACAUACAUAGUGGGCGUUCAAGAUGAAAAUGCCUUUUACCUUGAUCCUCAUGAAGUUCAGCAGGUAGUUAAUAUUGACAAGGAUGACCUAGAGGCUGAUACUUCCUCUUAUCACUGCAAUGUCAUCCGGCACAUCCCCUUAGAAUCCAUAGAUCCUUCUCUAGCAAUUGGAUUUUAUUGUCGAGACAAAGAUGAUUUCGACAAUUUCUGUCAUCGGGCAUCGAAGUUGGCAGAGGAGUCGGAUGGAGCUCCACUGUUUACUGUUGCUGAAACACAUUCCACAAAUCCAGGGAGACAGAGCAGUGCAUUGAAUGACCAUAGUAGGUUAGUGGAGGACGAUGGGGAUGGCGUGGUGCACAUGCCGAACGAAGAGGAAUCACAUGAGGACGACUGGCAAUUUCUUUGAACCGCUUGAGGAGGGUUGGUAUUAUUCCUUGAUUACUACUGCUUUAGGCUUCCAAGCUCCCUUGAGCUUUUCUAGCUAAUAUGAUUGAAGUUGGUGGGGAAGGGAUGGCCAAUAUGUGAAAUGUUUUAAGUUUAUUUAGUGUUAAUUGUACAAUCAAUAGGGGCGUUGAGUUUAUUUGUUGAAUUUGUUUAUUCUUGGUCCACUUUUAUUUGAAAUUAGCCUACAUUCGUGUGUAUAAUAAUAAAGCAGCUUCAAUUAAAAUUCAUAAAUGAAUUAUUAGUGCUUUCAUUCUUCCA